AUGAUCCUCCGUACGCAUGAACGCUCCCGGCGUGGAUGACUUUGCCCGCCUCGCUCGGUCGUGUGCAAGGAGCAAAUCGCUUGAGGAUGCACGGGAGCUGGAUUGGAAGAUCGCCCAGAGCGCGCACUCCGGCAACAGGUUCCUGGCGAAUCUCGUCGUGGACAUGUACGGCAAGUGUGGCAGCUUGCAAGACGCGAGGAAUGCGUUUGCUCGGAUCAAAGAUCCAAACGUUUACUCGUGGAACAUCGUAAUCGCAGCACAUACCCAGAACGGGCAGCUGGAUCACGCCCGUUUGCUGUUCGAUCAGAUGCCUCACAAGGAUAUAGUCUCGUUCAACUGUAUCAUCGCUGCAUAUGCGAGAAAGGGCGACUUGCGGGAGGCGAAGCUUUUGUUCGAUCUUAUGCCUUCCAAGAAUGUGGUGUCUUGGAACGCGAUGAUCGGAGCUUACGCCGCGGCGGGACUGCUUGCCGAGGCGCGGCUCGUCUUCGAUCGGAUGCCCACCCGCGAUGUGGUUUCGGGGAACGCAAUGAUCGCCGCCUAUGUCCACGGCAGCCAGAUCCAUGAAGCGCGACGGAUCUUCGACUCCAUGCCAGAGAGAAAUGUGGUGGCCUGGACCGCGAUCAUGGCUGGCUAUGCCAAUGCUGGCUACCUCGAUUUCGCGAGGAUCAUCUUUGACAAGAUACCCAACAAGAACAUCGUCUCUUGGAACGCGAUCAUCGCCGCGUACAUCCAGCACCACCGCUUGCUCGAAGCUCUUGCGAUGUUCGACGGUAUGCCACAGCGGGAUGUUGCGUCGUGGAACACGAUGAUCGCGGGGCUUGCGCAGGCCGGGCGGAUCGAUCAUGCGCGCCGGCUUUUCGAUUCCAUGCCCAAGCGUGAUCUUGUGUCAUGGAACACGAUGGUGAGUGGCUAUGCGGCGUUGGGCUUCUUGGGCGAAGCUAGAGCGAUCUUUGAAAAGAUGGUAGACAAGGACGUUGUGUCGUGGAACACGUUAAUUGCGGCAUAUUCCCACAAUGGUAAUGUACGUGAGGCAAAGAUUCUCUUUGACAGAAUGCCCGAGAGGGAUAAUCCGUCGUGGAAUGCCAUGCUUUCAGCAUAUGCCGGGUCUGGGCAUCUGGAAGAUGCUAAGCGUUUGUUUGACAAGAUGCCGGACAAGAAUGUGGUAUCUUACACGUCCAUGGUAGCGGCUUACGGGAGCAAUGGCUGCUUGAACGAAGCAAAGGAGAUGUUUGAUUCGAUGGUGGAGAGAAACGUUGUGUCGUGGAAUGCGAUGAUCGCGGCAUUUAAUCAAAAUGGUGGUGCUCGAGAGGGGAUCGCGCUGUUCAAGGUGAUGGAUCUCGAGGGGGUGGAGAUGGACAAGAUCUCCAUAGUUUGUGCUCUUGAGGCUUGCGCCUUGGCCGUGUCGCUCGUCGAUGGUGCUCGCGUCCACUCCAGCAUUCUCGGAGGCAAGCUCGCCAGGGACUACGUCGUGCAGACCGCGCUCGUGAACAUGUACGGCAAGUGUGGCAACCUGGUCGAAGCUCGAAGGAUCUUCGACUCGAUGAGCUUCAACUUCCAGGACUCGGUGCCUUGGAACUCCCUCAUUGUGGCCUACAGCCAAAACGGCGAGGGCGACAAGGCUCUGGAUCUGUUUGGAACGAUGGUGCUGGAUGGGAUGAUCCCGGACGAGAUCACCUUCAUGGGAGUCCUCAGCGUUUGCAGCCACGCGGGGCUUCUCGAGGAGGGUCUGCAAUACUUCCGGACUCUGGGCGAUCACGGGAUCGUCCCGACUGUGGAUCACUACAAGUGCGUGGUUGAUCUGCUGGGACGCGCUGCGAAGCUGGAGGAAGCGUCGGGUCUCGUGGAAGCAAUGCCGUAUGAGCCCGACGAAGUUGCAUGGAUGACUCUCCUCAGCGCUUGCAAAGUUUACGACGAUGACAAGAUUGGGAUGCGAGCGGCGGAGGGGCUCGUGGAGAUUGAUCCAGAGACGGCGGCACCGUAUGUGUUGCUGUCCAACAUAUACGUAGAAAGGAACAAAGGCCCGGUAGUCGGAGCAAAGAAAGGAUGAGAUAUUUGGGAAAUCGUGAAGGAUGCUGCGAGGAAGAUACACUGGUAGUAUACGCGACAAAGACCACUCCCAUAUGGAUCCAUUGUUCGAGAAAUUUUGUUUGAUGCUAUCUUCUCGGAGCUCUCUCACAAAACGUCUUCUUCGCAUCGAUCGGCUUCUCCAGUUUUGAGACCGCGAAGCUCUCGAGAAGCAUCACCAGGGAUCAGGGAUCAUUCAAACGAAAGUGGGAAUUGUCAUCAAAUCCUUGGAAAAGUUCACAGAAGUCUCUGUGACUUCACAGAUGGAACAAAAACAAAG